CUCAAUCCUACUUCCUUCCUCAACGCCCAAACACUUCUUUUCACUCACCUGCUGAAACAGUGAAUGCUCUCUCUCUCAUUCUCUCUCUCUUUCAAACAUACAUACACACACACACUCAUCUGAUAUCCCUGGUGGUUCUCAUUUUCCCUCUCAUCUCUGUGAGCACCUGACACUGAGGGAGCUUUUCCCUCUCACUUCCAGAGGUCAAUAUUCCGGCUUGCGGCGAGAGCUCCGUGCUGGCGGCACAGCCGCUUUCCCGCUUCAGCCUGGGACGGAAGACCCUGCUGGGGGCUGGCGUGGCUGUCAUGCUGCUCUUGGUGUUGGUGGUUCUCAUUCCUGUUCUGGUUCAUCUGGCGGGAAGCAGUGAAAACGGAGGUCAGUAUGAGAUGCUCGGCACUUGCCGAAUGGUCUGCGAUCCAUUCUUGGAAAAAACUGGCACUGUGGCCGGUAUUGGUACAGGCACGGCUAUAACUAAUACUCAGUUGGAAGCUGAGGCGCUGACUGAUCAUAGCAUGGGACCCCUUUUGCCCACCUAUGCCCACGGACCACAGGGCAAACCCGGCCGUCAAGGAAAACCAGGGCUACCAGGACCUCCGGGACCUCCAGGACCACCCGGAGAGCCAGGUCCUCCAGGACCAAUGGGGCCACCGGGAAAUAAAAACCAGACAGAACGACCGGACAUUGCUCUGGGUGGAAGAACAGCUACGGGAAUGGGGACAGCUGUCUAUAGCAUGGGACCCCGUGUGGCCUUUUACGCAGGUCUGCGAAACCCACAGGAGGGCUAUGAGGUUCUGAGGUUUGACGACAUAGUUACAAACAUUGGGAAUAACUACGAUGGAUCGACUGGGAAAUUUGUGUGCAAGUUUCCAGGAACGUACUUCUUCACAUACAAUGUCCUCAUGAGAGGAGGAGAUGGAACUAGUAUGUGGGCGGAUCUUAUGAAAAAUGGACAGGUGAGAGCCAGUGCCAUCGCUCAGGAUCAGGAUCAGAGUUAUGACUACGCCUCAAACACCGUCAUCCUGCACCUCGACCCCGGGGACGAGAUCUUCAUCAAGCUGGACGGUGGGAAAGCGCACGGCGGGAACAGCAACAAGUACAGCACAUUCGCUGGCUUCAUUCUGUACAGUGACUAGAGGUCAAAAGGUCACCGAAUUCAGUCUCAGUCUGUAGGUAAGAGAUGUUAGGGGGUCUUCAUUGAUUUAGGUUGUAAAUCUGAUGCUUUAACACCCCUGACAUGUUUUGGAUUUUCUUUUUCUCUUUUACCUCUACGGUUUUGUUUGCUACAGGGUAUUUUCACCUGAAAUUCAACAGCUAUACACUCAUGAGUGAGUCACAAAACACAAAAUAAUUUGUUUAAAGGGUCAAAUGAUUCACUAUGCCUCCUGAAGGGAAUGGCUCUAUAUGUUUUGUUGUAGUAGUCAUGUGGUUUUAAAGCCUGGAUCCCACGAGAACACAACAGGAAGUGGUUUUUGACUUUUGAAUCUGCCCCAAAACCUUUGACAGACACACAUGAAAUCAUCCAGAAUGAGAGAGCCGGGCUUCAGGGUUUCAUCAGAGUCGUAAGCAAACCAAAGCCCAGUCAAGUGAGUGCUGAUAUUUCAUUAUGACGUUGUCUUUGUAUGUAUGAUCAAUCUGUGAAUCUCCACUGAUGUUUAUCAAUGUCUCUGACAUAAUGUGAAGUGAAUGACCUUAAAUGAUAAACCCUAAAUCUUAAAGAGGUUUUGACUGCUGUAGAAUACACUCCCUGAGAAUCUGUUGCAAAUCAUAGUAGUGCAUCUGUAUGUGAUUGCUGUGUGGAUGUGGAAGUACUAACACAAAUAAAGCUAAGCAUUCAUUUCAGCUCAUAGCUAAAGCUAAACCCAUUCAAUGCUGUUUCUACCAAUGAAUUAUGAAGUAUGUGGCCCACUAAAAGUAACCACUUAACAAAGGAGAUCUAUAAUACAUUGUAACUGUAACAGUGAUGCUGGUUUAUGAUGAUGACGAACACUAUCUUAAAUGAUGUCCUGUAUAUAUAUAUCGCAAUCGUCAUGACCUGUAAAAUGUAUCUAAAUAUCUAAAUGUAACAGCUUAUAGAUAUUUGCUUUUGCUAAUAAAUGGGAUUUU